ACCCGCGCGGAGGGAAAGAGGAGGCGGUUGCCAAGGCGACGUGGGUAGGAGGAGACGAGGAAGGAGGGAGCAGGAAGGAUGGGCGGCUUCGGCGUAGCCGCCCGGAGGUGACUGAAGCGAGCCCGGCCCCUUGCAUCCUCCCCCCGUGAACCUCCCUCCCCUUUUUUCCGCCUGCGGCCAGCCGUAGCAGCCGCCGCAGCACCUGAGCCGCCGCUGCCGUUCGCUCCGGACGACGCGAUGGCCGAGGCCGGGCGCAGCCUCCAUCCCUCUGCCCGAGGCAGGGGAAGAACUGAGCGGCGCACACUCCGGCUUCUACCGCUGCUGCUUUGGCUUGGGACCGCCUUCCAGGUGACCCAGGCAGCGGAACCAGAGCUUCACGCCUGCAAAGAGUCUGAGUACCACUACGAGUACACUGCGUGUGACAGCACGGGUUCCAGAUGGAGGGUCGCCGUGCCGCACACCCCAGGCCUGUGCACCAGCCUCCCCGACCCCGUCAAGGGCACCGAGUGCUCCUUUUCCUGCAAAGCCGGGGAGUUUCUGGACAUGAAGGACCAGUCGUGUAAGCCCUGCGCGGAGGGCCGCUACUCCCUGGGCACAGGCAUCCGGUUCGACGAGUGGGACGAGCUGCCGCACGGCUUUGCCAGCCUCUCAGCCAACAUGGAGAUUGACGACGGCACCACCGAGUCCACUGAGAACUGCACUCUGUCCAAGUGGGUUCCCCUGGGUGACUACAUCGCCUCCAACACGGACGAGUGCACGGCCACACUGAUGUACGCCGUCAACCUGAAGCAGUCAGGCACCGUCAGCUUCGAGUACUACUACCCAGACUCCAGCAUCAUCUUUGAGUUUUUUGUCCAGAACGACCAGUGCCAGCCCAGCAUGGAUGACUCCAGGUGGAUGCGAACCACGGAGAAAAGCUGGGAAUUCCACAGCGUAGAGCUUAAUCGAGGCAAUAAUGUCCUCUAUUGGAGAACCACAGCCUUCUCAGUGUGGUCCAAGGUUUCCAAGCCUGUGUUGGUGAGAAACAUCGCCAUAACAGGGGUGGCCUACACGUCCGAAUGCUUCCCCUGCAAACCCGGCACGUACGCAGACAAGCAGGGCUCCUCUUUCUGCAAAGUCUGUCCAGAAAACUCUUAUUCGAACAAGGGAGAGACUUCCUGUCACCAGUGCGACCCUGACAAAUACUCAGAGAAAGGAUCCUCUUCCUGCAAAAGACGCCCGGCCUGCACCGACCAAGACUACUUCUACACGCACACGGCCUGCGACGCCAACGGAGAGACGCAGCUCAUGUACAAAUGGGCCCACCCGAAAAUCUGCGGCGAGGACCUCGAGGGGGCGGUGACCCUGCCCGCCUCCGGUGUGAAGACCCGCUGCCCGCCCUGCAACCCCGGCUUCUUCAAAACCAACCGCAGCACCUGCGAGCCCUGCCCCUACGGGUCGUACUCCAACGGCUCCGAUUGUAGCCACUGCCCAGCUGGGACGGAGCCUGUCGUGGGAUUCGAGUACAAAUGGUGGAACACGCUGCCCACGAACAUGGAAACGACCGUUCUCAGUGGGAUCAACUUUGAGUACAAGGGCAUGACGGGCUGGGAGGUGGCCGGCGACCACAUUUACACAGCUGUUGGAGCCUCAGACAACGACUUCAUGAUUCUGACCCUGGUUGUGCCAGGAUUUAGGCCUCCACAGGCAGUGACGGCCGACACAGAGAAUAAAGAGGUGGCCAGGGUCACGUUCGUCUUCGAGACGGUCUGCUCCGUGGACUGCCAGCUCUACUUCAUGGUGGGUGCCAAUUCUAGGGCCAACACUCCCGUGGAGACGUGGAAAGGCUCCAAGGGCAAGCAGUCCUUCACCUACAUCAUCGAGAAGAACGCCACCAUGACCUUCACCUGGGCCUUCCAGAGAACCACUUUCCAUGAGAUAGGCAGAAAGUACACCAACGAUGUCGCCAAGAUCUACUCCAUCAACGUCACCAAUGUCAUGAAUGGGGUGGCUUCCUACUGCCGGCCCUGCGCCCUGGAGGCCUCCAACCUGGGCUCCUCCUGCACCUCCUGUCCUGCCGGCAACUACAUCGAUCGGGGCUCGGGGACCUGCCGCCCCUGCCCCGCAAACACCGUGCUGAAAGCCCACCAGCCCUACGGCGUCCAGGCCUGCAGGCCCUGCGGCCCGGGGACCAGGAGCAACAAGAUCCACUCCCUGUGCUACAACGACUGCACCUUCUCCAUCGGCACUCGGAGCAGGGCUUUCGACUACAACUUCUCGGCCCUGGCCGGCACCGUCUCUCUGGCCGGAGGGCCCAGCUUCACUUCCAAAGGGCUGAAAUACUUCCAUCACUUCACCUUCAGUCUCUGCGGGAACCAGGGUAAGAAGAUGUCUGUGUGCACCAACAAUGUCACCGACCUCCGGAUUCCUGAGGACGAGUCAGAUUUCUCCAAGUCCAUCACAGCCUACAUCUGCCAGGUGCUCAUCAUUCCUCCAGAGGUGACAGGCUACAAGGCUGGAGUGUCCUUGCAGCCUGUCAGCCUCGCCGACCAACUCAUCGGGGUGACAACGGAUAUGACCCUGGAUGGAAUCACCUCCCCAGCGGAACUCUUCCCCCCGGCGUCCUUGGGGAUACCGGACGUGAUCUUCUUUUACAGGUCCAGCGAGGUGACUCAGUCCUGCAGCUCCGGGAGAUCGACCACCAUCCGAGUCCGAUGCAGUCCGCUGAAGCCCGCCCCUGGGAGUCUCUCCCUGCCCAGCACGUGCUCCGGCGGGACUUGUGACGGCUGCACCUUCCACUUCCUGUGGGAGAGUGCGGCCGCCUGCCCGCUCUGCUCGGCCGCCGACUACCACGCCAUCACCAGCAGCUGCGUGGCUGGGGUGCAGAAGACCACCUAUGUGUGGCGAGAGCCGAAGCUGUGCACGAGCGGCAUUUCCCUGCCGGAGCUGAGAGUCACCAUCUGCAAAACGAUCGACUUCUGGCUGAAAGUGGGCAUCUCCGCGGGCACCUGCACUGCCAUCCUGCUCACCGUCUUGACCUGCUACUUUUGGAAAAAGAAUCAAAAGCUGGAGUACAAGUACUCCAAGCUGGUGAUGAACGCGUCCCUGAAGGACUACGACCUGCCGGCCGCCGACAGCUGCGCCAUCAUGGAAGGCGAGGACGUGGAGGAUGACCUCAUCUUCACCAGCAAGAAGUCCCUCUUUGGGAAGAUCAAGUCGUUUACCUCCAAGAGGACUCCUGAUGGAUUUGACUCGGUGCCACUGAAGACGUCCUCAGGGGGCCCCGACGUGGACCUGUGAGAGGCAUGGCCCCGCCUGCCCGGCCUCCUCACUCAGCACAGCACCUUGACCUUGCCAGCCUGUGGCAAUGUGGGUGCCAGCUCCCCGCGACACCCGCUGCUGGGAAUCUCUUCAUUGUGGCCUUAUCCGAAGAAGUUUGAAUUUUAGAUGUUUUUUUUUUUUUUUAUAGAGAACCCACACCCUCCUCUCUGCUUGCCUCAAACCUGCCAAAUAUACCCGCCCUUUCUUUGUAUAUCACUCCCUUGCCUGCUUUUUCCCGAAAUGGUCCAGCUGCCGGAGCCAGAGCUUCCUCUGCUCGUGAUUCUUAUAGCUCUGGAGUGAAAAGACCUCUCUCUUCUUAAGUACAGAAAUGACUCCUCUGCCCUCUUCUUUAAGAGCAGAAGCGGCUGGGAGUUUCCCUGACCACAUGCCCUCAGCCCGUGCUCUCUUUAGGAGAGAGGCUGGGUGACGAGGGUGUGGGUGUCCCUGACGGGCCAUCUCCGUGGCCGCCUGGACGUGUCUCUCCUGGAUCCCCAGCUCAGACUGGGUGUAGUGGACAGGCUGGGGGCUGGGUGAGUGAGGCCCAGGGAAGGAGAGGCUGGGCAAGCACAAAGAGAGGCAAUAAGGACGGUUUUGUUUUCUUCUUUAAGCUAGAUACUCAAUUCUCUUUUCUGGAGUAAGAGACAAAUAUUGUCACUGGAGCCAAAGGGAAAAGCUCACUGAGAAAAUGGUCUGUACUCCCCACUUUAACACAAAAGUCUCUCACCACCUCCCUAUGACACUAAGCCAGGCAAGCCCCAAACCCAGAUGUUCUACUCCCUCUUACCCACAAAGAUGACAACCCUGCCCAUGGGGACAAUUCCCCACCCUUGGGUGCCCCAUUCCUAGAGCCUUGGGCCAUAUCGUGCAACAGGGGUGUCAUAUUUUGAAAGGACACAAGGAGGCCACAGUCUUAAAGGAGCCACACCGGGGGGUCCAGCCCACAGGGAAUGGACCGGAGGUGGUGAUGUCUGCUUAUGAGCUAAUUCUCCUACUUAGCUGCAGAAUGAUGACUUCGAGGCUGGCUGGAAGGGAACUGACUCCUAGGCCCAAACCCCAGCAAAAGAACCAGAUCCAUCUUCAAGGAGGGGAAGAUGAGGGGAGUUGAACAAGGUGUUCGCCAAACCAGGACUCGUCCCACUUUCGAGCCCCUGUCCUCCCCUUGUUCCUGCUGUCAUGGUCUUUGCGAGCCAGAAAGCUAGAAAGGCUUCUGACCCCAAUUUCUGGCAGCAUCCCUUUUGAAAGAUGAGUGAAGGGAGCAUCCUCUGUGUCCCUGUCUCUACUUUUACGCCAACUCCAAUGGAUGGACUUGAACUAGAACAGUAAAACCAGAGCGAGAGUUCACAUUCCCUUUUAGCGUCUACUACUAACAAUCUUCCCUCCCUCACUAUCAGGCUAGAACGGCCAUCUCUUGGGCAAGGGCCCAGGUGCUCGUGGCUCGUACCUGUCUCCUUUCUUGAGUGGCCACUGGUGACCAGAUGGUAGGCACAGAACGAAGAAGGCAUUUCUAAGUGGUUUGCCUGCCACAAAAUGGUUUGCUGGUCUUACCAGCCAUUGCUGUCCCAGAAAUGGUCUUAGAACAGGGUCAGAGAAAACCAAAACCCUGCUGUGACUUCUGGCCAGCAAUGGCAAUCACUAAAGGUGAAUAGUGCCUUUGGUUCAAAAAAAUCUAGAAGCAUUUCUUUGGGUUCCCCAAUUCUCCCUUCUCUUGUGGGAGUUGGGCUCUUGGAAACGGUGGCCAUGUUGGAAUUUCUCCAGAAGGAUGCAGACAGCUGGCUCCUGAGCUCCAGCCCCAGGUUUUCUGCAGCCUCUGCAACACCCCGAACAUCUGCGUGACCCAUGGAUAGCUUGCUUUUGUGACCAAGGCCACAGCACAUCCUUAGACUAUUCUAGAAGCAGUAGGAAAAGUACACACCCCGUUGACUUCUGUAUUCUGACAUUUUGAAACUGUGUACCCCCGGAGCAGCCUCAGACUCCACUGAUUUAGUCACAAUGCUUUAAGUAUCUUUUUACUCACCCUUCCCAUACCGACUUCUGUGGAUCUCCCCUGGGGCCCGCCGGGAGCUCCUGAGUUACGCUACAGGGGUUGCCUGUUGCUCCCCUGGCAGCCUAGACACGUGUUAGGUAUUUUUCAAUAGCUCUUUUAAGUUGUAAUUCAAACACCAUGCAAUUCCCUCUCUUAAAAUACACAAUCCAAUAGAUUUUAGUGCGCUCACAGAACUGUGUGUCUGUCACCACAGUCGAUUUUAGAAGAGACACGUUAGAUGGUACGGCCGCACCUUACAGGGUGACGUCUUUGAGCAGGGGUGAUACUUACCUCCCCCUGCGGCAGGGAGGUAGGAGAGUGUAAGGCCUUAAGCCCCUACGCUGAGGCUACACCGGUUUGCACAAGCUAUUGGGGGAGGGAGUGCGGGCUCAGGGGAGAGAGUAUUUAAACCACAUUUAGUUACCUGAAGUCUUAGAACUCACAAGUGACUCUCAGCACGUAGAUGUCACCUGGAUUUGGCUGGGA